GGAGAGAAGCCUUCCCACAUUCCAGCUGAGUUAAAAGGGAAAGCGAAGAGGUGGGGGUUUAUUUCCAGGAGCAGAUUGCACACAUUGACCAUGGCAUCUGAAAAGCCAAUACUUUAUAGCUAUUUCCGAAGUUCCUGCUCUUGGAGAGUCAGAAUUGCAUUGGCUCUGAAAGGGAUUGCCUAUGACGUGGUGCCAGUGAACCUCCUGAAGGAUGGGGGACAGCAGUUUUCUGCUGAAUUCAAGGCAGUGAAUCCAAUGCAGCAAGUCCCAGCCUUGAAAAUUGAUGGCAUCACCCUUUCUCAGUCUCUAGCUAUAAUUCAUUACCUAGAAGACACCCAUCCCAAUCCCAGGCUUCUGCCCCAAGAUCCAAAGAAGAGGGCUGAAGUCAGGAUGAUUGCAGAUCACAUUGCUUCUGGCAUCCAGCCACUCCAGAACAUGGGUACCCUGAAACUAAUUGGGGAGAAAAAAGCGGAAUGGGCUCAGAACUGCAUCGCAUCUGGCUUCCAAGCGUUGGAACAGAUUCUGCAGCGCACUGCUGGGCGUUACUGUGUGGGGGAUGAAGUUUCCAUGGCUGAUCUGUGCUUGGUGCCUCAAGUUGCAAAUGCUGAAAGAUUCAAAGUAGACAUGGGUCCGUAUCCCACAAUAACCAGAAUAAACAAAGCUCUCUUGGAGUUAGAGGCAUUCAAAGUAAGCCACCCAUCCCGGCAGCCAGAUACUCCUGCAGAUCUGCGAGCUUGAAGCCCUUCUAAUCAUUAAACCGGAGCAUCAAAGAAGACAACAGCUGCAGCUCAAGUAGGAUUUCAGUGCCAGCCAGAAGGGUUAGUAGUAUUGUCUCACUUUCAUCUGGAUGGGACGACAGAGGACUUGGAAGUAGGCCAGAUGAUGUACAGGAACUAUACCUGUGCUGGAAAGCUUGCAGCUGCUUCUGACUAUGCUUUUUUUUAUUUGAUGUAUCUCCAUGAAGCAGAUUAAAACAGAAGCAUCCAUAAUUAUCACAAGUCUUCUUUUGUAUGGCUUUGGGUUGAGGAGUGUGUCCACAAACAAUUGUGAGGCAUUAAGCCAAUUCCGGACUCGCCACAGGGGCUUCUUCAUAGAAAGUGCAUCAGGAAACCAGUGUGCACAGUGUGCUACUGAACUAGUAGGCCUGCUUGUCCUUGCAGCGGCCUCAGAGCUAGGACAUAAUCAUCAGUGGCAUGGACAUAAAUAAUAAAAGCUAGUCUCUGGCAGAAGACAGCUUAAUCCCAACCCUUUUUGGGUCCCACUGGUCUUGCAAGAGCCAACAGUCCACAAACUAUGCUACCCCUUGCAAUGGCAAGAGAAUUACU